AUGGAUGCUUUUCUGGUAGCCUUGACAAUUAUACUUGCUGUAGUUCUACUCCUAUCAAACUUCUAUUUUAUGAUCUACUAUCUUGACCCUUCAGAAAAAGGUUUCUCUGACUCAUGAUUUUGCAAAAUUUUAGUGCUUUUCGGGCUCAUGCUUGCAUGGGGACAAAUUCUUACUUUACCUUUAGAUGUUUCAAACACACAAGGAAGCGGAGGUGGACUUGACAUAGAUUUACUAUGGCAAAUCAUUUAUAUGUCCGUUUUUUCCCUUGUAUUCGCCUUGCUUCCAUUCGCGAUGUUCUAUUACGAAUCUGAUGAUGAAAAACCAGUAUGUGACAGGAUUUGUUUUACAAUGAAAAUGAUGUUCUUUUUACUAGUUAUCGAAAUUCUUAUCACCGCUUUAUUAUACGUUUAUAUUUCUUAUACAAAAAUACCAGUAACUACUUAUAUUUGUGAAUGACCUACAAGUUCUGAUUUUCAAGCGACUUGUGACCAAGGCAGCACUGACCUAGAAUUUAACGUCACUUUUCCUAUUUUUGCUAUGGGGAUGAUGUCCUGGCUGGGCUGGUGGCUUGUAGUUCUCUUUGGUGGGGUCGGGCUGAGUGCAAUACCGUUAGAUUUUAUUAACAAAUUCAGAUUUAGACCACAGAGAUUGACUCCUGGAGAACUGGCAUCUAAAGAAAGACUGCUUAGGGCUAGAACUAAGGAACUUCUGGAAAUAGCAGGCCAGAUAAAAAUAGCUAAAUCCCAAUGUUCAGCUGAAACUUCAUGGACUGCAAGAAGAAGGCUUAAAGGGAUUGUAAGCAGAGAUACAAGCAAACUUCAAGCAGAAACGCUGCUAUUAGAACAAGAUUAUGAAACAUUUUUGGUAGAAAAAGGGGUAAGCAAGACUAGUCCAUUAUGGUACCCAUUUUAUUUGUUUAUGGGAUUUAUUUGUUUAUGUGUUUCAAUACUGUGGAUUUUACAGAUAAUUCUUUAUAUUCUGACAAGAAAAAGUAAUGGGGAAUCUACGUCACCUUUUCUGAAUAAAGUGCUGAUCGAGCUGCAGUCUCCUGGGACAUCAUUUUUAGCUACAACAAUUUAUUCAGCGUUAACUAUGUAUCUUCUUUUAGCAGUCAUAAAAGGAUGUGUUAAGUUCGGAAUUCGAUUUUUAUGGUGCUUCCGAAUCCACCCAAUGAAGCCUGACAAAACUCCUAUGAACUCAAUGCUGUUUAACACAAUUUUAAUUCUAUUUGCAUCAGUCGCUGUCACUUUAUUCGCUACAAACUCUUUUGCAAUGUAUACGAGGCUGAGCGACAUAAAUAAUAUGUUUGGGAUUCAAAUCAAGUAUCUAGAAUUUUUCAAAUAUUUUUACGAAAACAACGUAUUUGAGUACAUGCUGGUGAUUUGGGCAGGGCUGGUGGCUAUUUAUUUAUGCUUCAAAAACAAAGAGAAAAGUAAGCUAAAAUCAUUUGACUUGGAAUUUGAAAAAGAAAAAAUGAGCUACGGAGUAGGGUAUAAAGGAUAA